CACAGUAUUUCAAGUUUGAUUUUGAACAAAAAACUGAACGUCACAGUGAGCUUGUUUCCGCUGCUGGAGAAGGUGACGCUAAAACCAUGCAGCGACUGUUGAAGACUGGCGUGCCUCUGUUACCUAUGGCUGCUCGUGCUGACCCACUUCUUCAUGCAAUACGACACAACCAAAGAGAUGCUGCGUUCUUGCUGUUAAGUGCUGGUGCUCCUCUCUGCAAUCAAUCAAUAGAGGAUUUGACUCCCUUAGAGGGAGCGCACAACACUCUUGGACUCCCAGCUGUCUUUCCUGCUCUCAUCCGCAUGGCAUACAGUGAGAAGAUACAGAUGGAGAUACAAACUUUAAAAGGCUCUAAAAUCACAGGAAAAGAAGAGGAUGAACUUUUUCAGGCUAUGGAAUCUUAUCAAAAAACUUUUAAAAUCUCUGGAAAUUUUUCAAAAUUCAUACUGGAAAGUAAUAACUAUGACGAACGAAGUAAAAAAGCGAGAUUUACUGUGUACUGCAGCAAGUCAUGGCCUCUCCCUCACUUGUGUUCUACUGGGCUUAGAAGAUGUUUGUAUUCACCCAUUACAAGAUGAAGAAAAUCCUUUCAAGUUGGCAUUCACAGGAUUUCACUUUGAUACACAAGUCACUCUGUGUAGAGACAUGAAUAUGGUUCCAUUUACCUUUUCUUUGCCACCUUCAUCAAAUUUGCCUUCAGAUUUAUUGCAAGAAUAUUGGGUGAA